GAAAUGAACUAUAUUAAAAUGCUCACUGGUUUACAUAGAGACAAAUAUUAUAUUCUGAUUGUCAAGUUGCUACGAUGAGUGCUUCCGUUUUACACCAGUUUACGGGACGUUAUUUCCGAAACCACUGCUCGAUGUCUAUCACCGAGAACAUCUGCUGGUAAAAUGAAGUCAGAUCAUGCCUGAACACAAAAACAAAAUUGCACGGAUAUUUCCAAAUGGUGGGAGUUGAAUGUUACGCCUUUUUUGUAAACACGCGAAAUGUCUGACAGCGGAACUGGCAUCGAUCAUGUCGAUCAAGGGACCAUCGUCAUGUUGACCUUGACCUUCGUUCUUGGCAUAUCAGUCUCGUUCUGGUUUGCCUGCAACUGGUACGUGAAGAAACGCCGGAAAGAGGCCAAAGAUGUAACGCCUUCGGCCUCGGAGGUUCCUGUCGAAAAAACUCGAGUCAAGCAAACGUUUUCUCGUUUCUCACAAGUCGACGAGGAGGUUGCCGACCUGAGCAUCCGAGCAGUCUGGAUAGGAGAUUUCUUGUCAGCAUAUGACAUAAGGUCCAUUUUCGCAUGGCGCUGGUCAUAUAUACACUUACGGAAGUUAAAUAGACCGAAUGUACACAAUGACGAUGGCUAUUGAUGAAGAUGACGAGGCAAUUUUAAAGCAGGCGGCAAUUAAAGCUUCCCAGAAAACGAAUGAUAUCAGUGUGCCCAAACAGCAAAACGAAAAGAAGUACUUGGAAACGGACUUAUGAUGUCAUUAUGUCCACGGAUGACAUCGAAAAUAAGAUAGAUUUGUCACGAGUGUUUGAAAUGGAUUAUUGUUUGGGACGCCGUGUCUCUAUGAAAGCAUUUUGCUUUUAUACUACUUAUCAAGAUUCAUAAUUCAAGAUAUAAAGCGAAAGUGUGUGUAUUUUUAUUCGAUCUCAAAAUUUUAUCAACGUCACCUUUUAUAUAUAACGUCGUAACAAUAGAUGUUAAAUAUUAAUUGUAAUUAUAUGUUAUACGUGACAAAUCAACUGCAGAAGAUUAGUCGCAAAGUUCGUGUUAUUAAUAAUUCAAAUGAUGUUACAGCUCAUUCCGACCCAGACUUGCUCAUACAUAUGUGUAAUUUGUAUUCUAUAAAUCUCUUUUAAAUGACGAAUGUCCUUACAUCUUCAUCUUUUCGAUUGCAUUUUGUUUUAUGUGCAUACAUGUAUAUCUAGUAUUCGUUCCUCAAACAUUUCGUGCAUUUUUAUAAUCAUGUGGUUUGUCAUUUGCGACAGUUUUGUACACCCUGUCUUCUGGUAAAUAGUGCUCAAUAUUUGAUCAAUUUUCAUCUAUUGUUCUAAUUUCCUUCUGAAUUUGCAUUAAGCGAAUCUGACAUUAGUAUUGCAUCUGACAUUGGCUUUGUCCACUCCUUCUCAAAAAGUCAGAAAAUGUCACUUUCUUUCGGUUUUUGUUUUGUUCAAGAGGGUGAUACUUUUAUGUAUGUAAUUUUGAUAUAACACCACAUUAGGUUUGGUCCACUGCUACCAAACUUACAAACCGUCUAACUCUUUAUUCACCACAUUAGGUUUGGUCCACUGCUACCAAUCUUACAAACCGCCCAACUCUUUAUUCUGCCUACUCAGGCUCUGUUUUUCUGUAUUUCCUGUCAAUUUCUAGGUCCGAAUUCUACACCUGUUUUUCUGUAUUUCCUGUCAAUUCCUAGGUCCGAAUUCUACACCUGUUUUUCUGCAUUUCCUGUCAAUUCCUAGAUCGGCAUUCUACACACAGUCCUCAGAGUUAACUAAAUGUGUGUGCCACUGUAAUUAUCUUAAAGUACUCAAAUAUUAAGCGUGAGUCGACCAUGGCAUUUAAUACAUUUUUUUAAUAACUGCAGUAUUCUUUAUUUAUAUUAAAUGUUUUAUGAACUGUGCAUGUGUAAAAUCUGGAGAACAAUUUGUAUGUCUUAAGGUAUUUAUUCGUACGUUAAAGCAUACGUAAGCAAAUAUGGAAAAAGGUUUUUGUUUAGCACGUUUUAGUCGAUAAUGUGUUAGUCUUUAUACAAGUGUUAUAAUUUUAAAUAUGAAUGUUUUUUGCAAGUGAGGUUUUCUAGAUGUUCCAUUGAUUUUGUGUUAUAUUAAGCGCUUAACAGUUCCUGAACUGGUUUAUAUUGGCAAAGUGCAGUGUUCGACUUACACGUGGAUAACGUUUGAUCUGUGUUAUGUAUUCACACGAUGUUGGAGUUUAUCGUUGUUCUAUGUUCGGACGGUAUUCUACCCAUGUAAUUGAAUGUAUUGAAACAUUUAAAGGCAUAUCAAAACGAUACAAAUUGUAAACUAUAAUAAUAUUGACGUGAUUUAUUGAAGUAUUGUAAUGUUAAAAAUAUCAAACAAACAGCGCCAAAUCUUUAAACAUAUACAAUUUUCUGAAAAAAGUGCAUUGUAUAUGAAUUUUAAUUGUUCAUGUAUAUACGAAAUAUACUGUGUUAUGUUUGUCUUGAACUUUGUAUUCAAUUUUUAUUUAAAAACCUAAUAAAAGUGAUAAUUAACUUUCGUUAGGAACAGAGCAAAUACGUAAAUAGUAUCGAUGAUUUUUUUUACAAAACUUAAACACGGCCGUUAAUCACGCGCACCACCUCUUUUUUGAGAUGCAUUAAUAAAUGAGCCAAUGCAACUUCCGAGGUGGCGCUCAGGUCCGGAUGUUUUAUAUGUUCUUCAAAAUAUUUCGCAUUAUUUUGAAAGAUCGUCUAAUGUAGUGCGAUUCAGCGAUUAUAAAUUUAUCCAAAGACGUACAAAAACAUACAAUCACAACCCAUUUGAAAACGCGAGGACCUUUAUAAGAUGUGGCAUGGUAGAAUUCGUAAAAGCAAAUCGAUGUCUUUUUGCCUGUGUGACGAGCGAAUUCCCUGCCAAUUCAAUCGCUCAUUACAUAAAACGAUUGCUUUGAACCUGAACAAGUUAAUGCGUGCACAAAAACAUCGGCUUCUAGCCGAUUUCAUAGAUAAAUGUGCAUUUUUUUCAAAAAGAGAUGGAGCCAAUGCAAAAGAGGUGGCGCUCAAUGCUCAUGUAUAGCUAUUGUAAAUGGAAACAUUUUAUGUUAUGGUUUCUAUUAUGUUUACAGGACUUACAUUAUUUUUUGUAAGUUGACUACUUCAGCACAUUUGAGUCGCGUGCG